AUGUCGACGUCUGAUUCUACUUCUGGCUCUUCAACUCAUCCUCCUCUUGUACUUCUUUUUUCUUUCUUUAAAAAAAUCUUAACCUAUUUACCUCGAAAAAAACCUUUUCCAGCUACGGGUUCCUCAGCUCUUCCUUUACCCAACUCCAACUCGUCUUCCUCCAAAAGUACUGGUUCUGUAUCAUCUCCUUGUCGUACUCGUCUUCAACUCAAAGGCGACCUCUCUACCAUCCAAAAAGGAAAUUCACCUAUCCCUGAAUAUGUUUCAAAAAUCAAGGAAAUUGCUGACGCCCUUGAGUCUGUCCAUGAACCUGUUUCUGAUCUUGAACUUGUCUCCGCUACACUUCGCGGUUUAGGUGAUGAUUGGAUCAACAUAUAUAAUGCAAUCCGUUGUCGUUCCACUCUUCCAACGUUUUCUGAACUCCAUGCAUUACUUCUCCAAAGUUCUUCGGAAUACAACAACGGUAUUGGUGGUGCUAGAUUUUCUCGUUGUGACACAAAGAUGCUCCGACUCGGAUUUGUCAAACCUGAGAUUAUUAGCUGGGCACCACGAAUUAUUGUCCUGCAUAAUUUCUUAAGUUCGGAAGAAUGUGAUUAUCUUAUAGCAAUUUCCAAGCCUCGGCUCAAGCGUUCUACGGUAAAUGUAGUGAAAACAGGCAAGGCAAUGAAGAGUGAGCUAAGGACGAGUUUUAGUACGACUUUAAUAAAGGCAGAGAGUAAGAAUCCUAUUGUACAGGCUAUUGAAAAACGAAUUUCGGAAUUCUCUCAAGUACCAUUAGAAAACGGAGAGCGUAUUCACGUUAUGAGGUAUGAAAAGAAUCAGUACUUUAGGCUACAUAGCGACUACUUUUUGGACACUACAAACAUCGAGCAAAGUGGAGGUCAGAGAAUAGCAACAAUGCUCAUGUAUUGGAGCGACAAUGUGGAAGGAGGUGAAACUUACUUCCCCAUGGCUGGAACAGGAAAAUGUAGUUGUGCUGGAAAAAUGUUAAAGGGGUCAUCUGUAAAACCGAUUAAAGGAGAUGCAGUUCUUUUCUGGAGCUUGGGACUUGAUGGGGAGGUAGAUCCAAAGAGUGUACAUACAGGAUGCGAAGUCUUAUCUGGAGAGAAAUGGUGUGCUACGAAAUUCAUGAGGCAGAAUAAAUACUACUAA